ACCACAUCAAAGUGCAAGAUUAUUCAUACAAACUCAAACCAAAAAAAUCCCAUUUUUUGCUCAUUGUUUUAUUUCUUUUAGUACUCCUUUAAUCUACGACGAAAAUGGCAGGAAGGAAAAUGAUCAACAUUGCAGUUAUGGUUUGUUGCAUGUUGUUCUUGAUAAUAAGCAUGCAAGUUAACGUUGAAGCAGCUAGGAUGUUGAGUAGUACAGAGGAGGACUUUGCUGGGGCGAAUCAUUUGGAUACCUUCCCGAAUUCGGUGUACGAGAAGGCGAAGGAGACGAUGUCCUUUUGGCUCGAGCGGUUAGCUUCUGGUCCUAGCCCUAGAGGACCUGGUCAUUAAUUGAGAAAGCCAUGGAUAGAUAGAUUUAGUACGAUGCAAGAAAAGCAUGCAGCAUAUACAUAUAUGAUACUAGCAGUUAGAGAAAGCCCAAAAAGAAAAAAAAAGUUUUGGUUUCUUCCUCUGCCUUUUUAAUGACAUUCAUUGAUUCUUUCUUUUAUUGUGUAAGAUGGAAACGGAAUACACAUAUGUAUACAUGUAACUUUUAUGGAAAUAAGAACAUG